UUUAUUUCAUACACAAAUUAAUUCGCAUUAAUCGGAAAUCAAUCGUCCCUUCGGUGUUAUUAUUUUGUUUCUUCCGAUGUCAUGGCAAACUGGGAAACGUGUUUGCGAAACAAUUGCAACAUUGCACCUGGUAACGAGAUUCGUUAGUCGCCAUAAUUUGGACAUACCGGGCGCCCAAUGUAGGCGUUACAAAAAUUUCCAGUAAUACACCAAUAGGAAUAACAAUGUUUUCCCGGGCCGCCAAAUCCAUCGUGAAAACCAUCGGUCAGCGAAAAUAUCCCGCUGGUGAAGAGAACAUCAAGCUGGCAUUGAUCGGAGGGGCAGGGGAGAUAGGCAGAUCUUUGUCGCAAAUGCUGAAACAAAGUUCUAAGCUGGAUGUCCUUGCACUGUAUGACGUGGCCGCGUUGAAUAAGAGAUUUUCAACUCCGAUCGAGAUUAAUAAACUUUGUGACUCUAAAAUCACAAAUACCGCGAAUUCGCGGAUGUUAACGAUGCUGGAGAAAUCAAGGACAAACAAAGGUGAUUAUCAUACACAUACACGGGCAUAUUAUUGAAAAUAUAUUUCGUAUUGUACGAAGAAUCUGACCGAGGAUUUCGUUAACAUUCACCGAUUGCCGACCGCGGAAGAAUGCGCCACCAAUCAAUAUUCGAAAACGCCAGAGCAACCGCAGGGGAACUACGCGUAUGCUAGAGAGCUGCAAGGUCCUCGAAUUCUCGCCGAGAUGGGCCCUGCUACGUUCCCGCACGGUGGCCGGAUCUUUUCCGAGAUUUAUAACCAGAUCCCCGAUUUCGCGGUCGGCAAGAAUCGCUUCAACGAGAGCCACGUCGGCGCGCCGACUCGACGAUGGUACUCGAACGUCACUUUGUCGAACGGUGUCGCAAACGACUUCGUGUUGGAAACGUCCAUACCCGAGUUGAUCCCGUAUUUCGAGCCCCGGCCGGCCUCGAAAGGGAAAGUGGCGGCGAGAAACAAUCCCGCGGCGUUAAUCGAGAAAGCGGAGAGGAAGGGGCACGCGAAGAAGAAGGAGGCGAAACAAUUGAACGUGGUCACGUCCGAGCAAUUGAUGAAGAAGAAAUUGGUGUGCAAGGACGGGGAGAGCCGGGGGGGUGGUGUGGGCGCCGCCGGGCAGAAGACGGGGGAGAAGAGGAGGGGGAGCCAGGCGAGAAAGUGUCAGAACGAGCUGAACAUGUUGCAGAAGACGAUCACGAGCCUGGCAACGUGCGAGAGACAACAGUCGCAGUUGGGAAGGCAGACGAGGUCGAAGAAUUGGACGAUACCCGCUGCGUUGUCCGACAAGAAGCCCAAGAUGCUGUACGGUUUGGUGAGGCAGAGGAGGAAACCUCUCACCAACUUCUUCACGAGGUUCUUCGACGUUCGCGAUAACGAGCUCGCCUCGGACGAAUAUUGCAACAACGCGGGUAGCGUCGCCGCCAGCGGCAACAGUAACAACAACAACAACAACAACAAUAACAACAACAACAACAACAAAAUGGUCGCUGGUUGCUUCAAGAUGGACAACCUCGCCUCUUCCGUGGGGGGGAGCAACGAGAGGUCUCUGUUGAAGAGGCGGGGGGAUCAUCAAUCGAGAUAUUACAAGAUGUUCUCCCUUCAGAAUCAGAGGCUGGACGCGUCCACCUCGAUGAGCGAGGUGACGCCCGAGUUGGAGGAGAGCGGUAGCAAUCGGGACAAGAGCACCAAGGGAGCCGAGGAAGCGGAAGAGUCGAUCACCGUCGACCAGUUGGACGACAAUUUGAAGCUGAUCGACGAGAAGGGGGGGGUGACGUCGAGCUACGAGGGAUCCGAGAACGACGCGGUCAGCGUGUUCGAGUCGCAGUCCCAGAGCCCGAGGAAAAUCUCCUCCCAGAUCGCCCUUUUCCUCGAGAAUUUGAACGUGAACAGGAAAAAGUCGCGAUCCCUGGCCAGCCUCACCUCCUACAACCUCGACUCGUUGUUCGCCGACCCCUGCUGCGGGACCAAACCUCCCUCGACGACCGGGGGGGACGAGUUCGAUCGGAUCACGUCCGUAUUCUCGUCGAGCGAGAACGAGCUGAGAUUGAUCGCCUCGAUGGAUCUGUUCAGCGAGAGCAACGCGAUCCCCGGGAACAGCAACAGCUACAGCUACAUAUACAGCAGCAGCAACAACAAGAGAUACUCGAGCACUAUGAGGACGGGGAAGAAGUACGGGAGGAAGGGGAAGAACGCGGGGCGGAAGCAGAGGGAGUUGCUGUGCAAGAAGCAGCAGGAGGUUAUGCAAAAGAGGUGUCAAUCGACGUGCGGGGGGGCAGCCAACGACGACCCCUGCACCCCGUUGAAGAACGAGCAACACGGGAAACCGUGCAAAGUGUACCAGGAGCCGUUCCCGGACGACGACCCCUGCGAGCAAUUCUACAACGAGGACAUCCACGGCCCGUUGUGCAAGAAGAAGAAGAAGAGGGACAAGAGGGAGAAGAAGUGCAAGGCGCCGAGGAGGGAGGAGAAGUGCGAGCGGAGGAGGGACGAGUGCAAGAGGGAGAAGAAGUGCGACAACGGGAAGAAGAAGGAGGAGGACAAGUGCAAGUGCCCGCCCGUGUUCAGGGCGCCCGGAUGCCCGCCCAAGGAUUCGGGCGACAAGGGCAGUUACAGGAAAUAUUCCACCCUCAUCUCCAAGAUCAGCGUUUACGACGAUUUCAAGGGUAUCCUGAGUGUCGAUCUUUUGAAGGAUAUCGUGGCCAAGUCCGAGCACAAUUAUCAAGAGAAGAUGAACAAGAUCGGCCUGUUCAACUCGAGCGUGUUCAACGUGCCGAGUUCGUGUUACGCCGAAAACUUGCGGACGUGAUCUCCUCUUAAUCUUUUUUUAUUAUUAUUAUUAUUAAUAUUAUUAUCUUAAUUUCAUUUAUCUUAGUAUUUUCAUUCCCGAGUUAACGAGGACGGAAGAUUGAUUUUCAACAAGAUUUUGGCCGGAAUAUAUGUAUAUAUGUAUAUAUAUAUAUAUAUGUGUAUGUAUAUAUAUACAUAUAUAUAUGUAUUUUUUUUUA